AUGGAGAAAGGAGCUGAGCUCUGCUUUCCACAACUCAACAGUUCCUGCAGGAAGCCGACACUUCACUGGUCCAAGGCUGUGCUGCUGACCAUUGUGCUGUUCUGCAUCUCUCUGAUCACUGUUACUCUGAACAUCUUAGUCAUCAUCUCAGUCUCCCACUUCAGGCAGCUUCACACACCCAGUAACAUCCUCCUCCCUUCUCUGGCUGUCUCAGACUUACUUGUUGGCCUCCUGUUGAUGCCUUUAGAAAUCUUUAGAAACACAAGCUGCUGGGUAUUUGGAGAUCUCAUAUGUUCGGUCUAUUGGUAUCUGAGUGGCAACAUUACCUCCACUUCAACAGGGAACAUAGUUCUUAUAUCAGUUGACCGCUAUGUGGCUAUUUGUGACCCCCUUCAUUAUCCCACCAGAAUGACUGUGGUGAGAGUCAAACUUAGUGUUUGUCUGUGUUGGUUUUAUUAUAUUUUUUACAUCAGUUUUUACCUUAAAGACAUCCUGAUUGAACCAGGCAGGUAUAAUUCCUGCAAAGGAGAGUGUGUACUUGUCAUCAAUGAUAUUGCAGGGAUUAUUGACCUUGUCAUAGCUUUUAUUGUUCCAGUUUCUGUAAUCAUAGUUCUGUAUAUGAGAGUAUUUGUGGUGGCUGUGUCUCAGGCUCGUGCCAUGCGCUCUUGUGUCAGAGCAGUAACACUUCAGCAUUCACUGAAUCAAGCAAACAAAUCUGAGUUGAAAGCAGCCAGGACUCUUGGGAUUCUUGUAGUUGUGUUUCUUGCAAGCUUCUGUCCAUUUUACUGUUACUUUUUUGUUGGAGAAAAUGUGGUCAGUGAUUCAUCUGCAUUUUUUGUGAUCAUUGCCUUUUAUUUUAACUCUUUCCUAAACCCAAUGAUCUAUGCCUUGUUUUAUCCUUGGUUUAGAAAUGCUGUUAAGCUUAUCAUCACUCUGCAGAUCUUUAAGCGUCACAGCAGUGAUACUAACAUAUUAUAA